CAAUUCCCCAGUCGCCAUUGACAAAGAAUAAUCACCGCGCGAGUCUGUCGCCCUUCAUGAAGCUCAUAAAGCUCACGAAGCUCGCGCUCGGCUUUGCGGCCACAGCGAACGCGCUCGCAGCAACGGUGAACGACUCACUCCAGGUGAUUCAACCGCCAGUCACAAGCAGUGCGGACGCUCAAUUCCACGCCUUUGGCCUUACUGUGACAGAGUACUGCGAUGGCAACGACAAGAAGGCGAAAGGGGUGUGGAAUAGCUAUGGCUUCAGCACUGAGAUCCAGCUCUCUAAGCUGGCGAUUGUAUUCAUCCAGCUAGGUCGUGGCAUCAAUCUUAACAUAGAAUGGGAUGCGGCCAACUCUUGGGUCAACUUUUACUAUGGGUCCUGCAAAUGGGGCCUAUACGAGUUCAAGUCGUGCGGGUGGUGCCGUGGGAGUGGGUGGUCUUCAGGGCCGCUCCACUGCGACACUGGCUCUGUUGGUGCCUCGAGGACCUACACAACGAACUGCAUCAUCAACAUGGACGCCCAAAACGGCGCAAAUGAAGUUGUCCAAGCUGGCACUAAGUUCAUUACUGCGCGUAAAGAGACCGACGACGUUCCGCCGACCACCACAGUCACCCAGUCCUAUGAGCCGCUCCCCACUGCCGCGCCCAUUUCACAUGCUGGGCCCAUCGGAAUCUACCCGUUUACUCUCAAGGUCACAGAAUACUGCGAAGCCAGUCAAGGCACGCCUCGAAAGGCGAAAGGAUAUUUCUGGGCCGGUAGCGGUGGCUAUAUGCAUUACUUCGGAUCGAACAGAGCCGCCAGCAUCAACUUAGGCUACGCAGGCGUCAACCUCAUAAUCGGACCAUACAGUUACUGGACUCGAACGGUGCAGUUCCAGUAUGGCGAUUGCGUGUGGAGUGAGACCAUGAUGAAGCAAUGCGGCUGGUGUAAAGAACGCGAGACGUGGCAGCCAUCAAGCCCAAUCAACUGCGCAGCAGGAAACCAGGAGCCAAGGACUCACACCCUUAACUGCAACGUCGUUGUCGACUGGGGCAAUACCGCCCAUGACGAUCCCAAGCCCAUUGCCGCGCGCGAACUUUCAACGACUAUUGCAGACGUAGAAGCCGACGCAUUGAAGCCUUCUAAGACACUCAGCGUGAUCCCCCAGAUUUCCAAGACCUCAACAACUGCCACCCCAGCAGUUGAGACGUGGAUCCUCCCCUUCCACUUCCAAGCAACUGAAUACUGCGAAGACGGCGCGAAGAAAGCCAAAGGAGUUUACAGCAAUGGCAACGUCGUUGCCGAUGUGAAUUUGCGUCCUGGUCUGCGUACCGGCAUCGAUCAUCGCGUUCCUGGCUAUCCCCCAUUCUACGUCGGUCCAUUCGACUACAACGCUUCAAAGGUCAAAUACUCGUAUACCAACGGUGUAAUUGGGUGCGAAUGGUCAGACGACGAGAAUUGGAAGCAGUGUGGAGAGUGCAGGGCUGCAAGGUGGUCAGCUUCUGAGCUGUCUUGCAAGUCAGGAGGUUCAAGGGUCAAGGAGAUGGACUGCUCGUUCAUUCUGGGUGUCGUGUCCUCCUAGUCUUCAUGAUUGAAUGUCUCACAUCGACCCGACGGGUAGUCAAGUAUGGCUUGUGAUCUGACGGUCUCGAGGCUUGUGGAAUUUGAAUGGCCGAUGGGGAUAGGAGUUAU